GUUCGAAACUUUUCGCUUCAUUCAAUUCGAUCUUUGUUUACCAACAUGUUAGUGAUCACCUUGACCUCAGAAGUCAUCAAAAUUUUAAUAUCUUUUUCAACGGCAUCUAAACAUAACAAGUCGGAUUAACCAAUAACAAUUGUUUUUCAUAUAAUAUAUUAUUAGUGUUGUUUGUGUUCUGUGUGUGUGUUUCUUCGUUAGAAUAAUCCCUUUAGAAGUAAUUUUCGAUCCGCGGGCAAUGUCCAAUUGGUCGAUCGAGGAAACAAAUCUACUGAUCCGCAAACGGCUCGAACUGUUCGGUUGCUCGCGGCAGGAUAAAAUCUACGAUCACAUUUCCAGCUACUUGGCGGAGAAACAUAAUUAUGUGAGAAACGCAGCGGCAUGUCAGACGCGAUUCAACAACCUGCUGAAAACUUACAGGUCGUGCGUGAAACGAAUGGAAACCGGUGGGCUCACCACCAAAAUGCGAUUUCCCUAUUUCGACACAUUUCAUGAGCAUUAUGGUCAACUGGUUAGAGCUGGAGAUGUAGAAACAGCCAGCAAUAAAUGUAAAUCGGAAAUCUUCCUGGACGACAUCUUCGAGGAUAGUUCUUUCGCAGAUGCUGGUGAUGAUAAUCGAGAUGGAGGUUUACUGAUGGAUUCAAUGCAAACGGAAAAUUGUGAAUCACCCGAGAGUCAACGACGUCUUCGGCCUCAGCAUGCUCAACUGGGAGACGAUGAGCUGACCACGUCGCUAACCGUCACUAACGGGGUGGAGGAUUUGAAGAUACGGCUGAUGGAGCAGAAGUUGCUGUACUAUACGAAUCAAAAUAUGUUGCUUCAAAUUAAGCAAGAACACUACCGACAGAAGGAGCACGAGCGAGCGCGAACGAAACUGCUGGCUGAAGAGAUUUUAAAGGUACUGAAAGGAAUUCACGCGUGUCUAACCAAAGGUGCGGGAUUUAAACCGACAGAGAAAAUUCCUAUCGUGCAAAGAAAAUCAGAACCAGAAUCGGAGGUGAAAGUCGUGAAAGAGGUGAAAAUGCUGGAGGAAGAACCUUUUCCCGCUGAAGAAGAGGAAGUUGAAGAGGAAGAAGAGGCCGAAUCGGGAGGACCACUCGCACCGACCUACGGCGAGUCUGACGAUGAAGAGGUCGAAGAAGAGGAGGAGUACAAUCCCACGGCGGAUACACAACCCGGUGCCGGCGGAGAGAGCAGUCAGGAUGUGGGUAAAACAUUCGAAAUGGGUCGGUUGAAAGUUCGGAAAAACAUAUUCCCUCCCUGGAAUCGGAUACAGACGGUGUUGCUAAUUAAAAUUCAUUGCGAUUUGCGGCCCAAGUUCCGAGGGUUUAACCUUUUCGAGUGUGUCUCCAAUAAACUGAUUGAACUGCACAUAAACCGGACGCCUCGCGAUUGCCGAACCAGGUGGAACAAUCUGUUUCGUUCCUACAAAGACUGUCGGAUGAGACUGAAACUGAACGACAAAGCAUGUGUGAAGUUCGAGUAUUUCGAUGAUAUUGACGCUUAUUUUAAGGAUAAAGAUUUCUCAGCAUUAUGCUAAAAAAUUUUGACGCAAUUGUGAUAUAAG